AUGACCCCACCACUAUCCCUCCUCUCCCUCCUCCUCUCAUUCCUCACCCUCACCACCCUCACCCUCGCCCAAACAUCCACAACCCCUACAUCUUCAACCUCCACAACUAUAGCAACCAUCGUCCCCAGCGCAUCCUCAUACACCUAUCUCGGCUGCUACAACGAAACCCUCAACACGAAUACCACCGGGGGACUACGAUCUCUCAAUGGUGGCGUCACGGAAGCGCUCGAUGUGAUGACGGUACCGCUUUGUAUGGCAUUUUGCAAAUCCAACGGGUAUGCGUAUGCGGGGAUUGAAUAUACGAGAGAAUGCUACUGCGCGCAAUAUCUCUCCGCCCUAGCCCCCAAAGUCGACGACGCAAAAUGCGAUCUCCCAUGUACAGGAAACGCGAGCCAGAUAUGUGGCGGAUCGUGGACGCUGUCGGUGUAUUUGCAGGAUGGGAGUCAGAAGGGGGAUGCAGGGAAGGGGAGGGGGGCGAGUGCGGGGAAACAGACGUUGAUGGCGUUGGGGGUUGCGUUUGGAGGAUUGUUGGCUUUGUGUUAGGAUGGAACGGGGUAGAGAUGAGAGGGAGGGAAUGGAAGGAAAGGAAAGGAAAGUAAUGGAAUUUGGGGUAGAUGGGGUAUGGACUAUGGAGUUCGGUAACUAAUCAGUGAUUGGAAUUACAAGCGAGCCGAGAUCGGUAAUUGAGGAAAGGAGAUUGGACGACAGUCAGUCACUUGGUAACGCGACAAUCACGCUUCGAGAGGUCCGGUUGGACUAUGUGCGAUUUUCCCAACGCGACAGCUCAGAUAUGACAUCAGCACUAUCAAUGACAUAUCGAGUUGUUAUGCACCGUUCUUUUCGAUAUUUGUAUGAAUCUUGCUUUGAUUCACACUCAAAUGUGGAAUUAGAAGAA